UGGAAUAAUGGGUUUAAAUCAGUGGCGUCAAAUUGGAAGGGGAUUGUGUUCUGACCCUAUUUUGGUGAUAUUUCGACGGUUUUAGCGGAGUCAUGAGAUCUUCCGCCUCAAGGCUCUCCAGUUUUUCGUCAAGAGACUCAUUAUGGACUCGGAUGCCGGAUCAGAUCACCGUGUCGGAGUUUAUUUCCGAGACCACCGAGGACUAUAAUUCCCCGACGACGUCCAGCUUCACCACCAGGCUGCAGAGCUGCCGGAACUCGGUCACCGUGCUGGAGGAGGCUUUGGAUCAAGAUCGGACCGCGCUACAGAAAGUGAAGAAAUCUGUGAAAGCAAUUUAUAAUUCAGGGCAAGAUCACGUGCAGAACGAGGAGAACUACGCCCAUGCGCUAGAUAAAUUCGGGAGCAAUUUCCUCAGCCGCGACAACCCGGACCUGGGCACGGCUUUCGUGAAGUUUUCCACUCUCACCAAGGAGCUGUCGACGUUACUGAAAAACCUGCUUCAGGGUUUAAGCCACAAUGUCAUCUUUACCCUGGAUUCUCUUCUGAAAGGGGAUCUGAAAGGAGUGAAAGGGGACCUGAAGAAGCCGUUUGACAAAGCCUGGAAGGAUUACGAGACCAAAUUUACAAAAAUCGAGAAAGAAAAGCGAGAGCACGCCAAGCAACAUGGGAUGAUCCGCACGGAGAUCACGGGCGCGGAGAUCGCGGAGGAGAUGGAGAAAGAGCGCCGGCUGUUCCAGCUGCAGAUGUGUGAAUAUCUCAUUAAAGUUAAUGAAAUCAAGACGAAAAAAGGCGUAGACCUCCUCCAAAAUCUUAUAAAGUAUUAUCACGCUCAGUGCAAUUUCUUCCAGGACGGCUUGAAAACAGCUGAUAAGCUCAAGCAGUACAUCGAGAAGCUGGCCGCGGACCUUUACAAUAUAAAGCAAACACAAGACGAAGAGAAGAAGCAGCUGACGGCUCUGCGGGAUCUCAUCAAGUCUUCUCUCCAGCUGGAUCAGAAAGAGGAUUCCCAGAGCAAGCAAGGAGGAUACAGCAUGCACCAGCUGCAGGGGAACAAGGAGUACGGCAGCGAGAAGAAAGGCUACCUCCUGAAAAAGAGCGAUGGGCUGCGGAAGGUCUGGCAGAGAAGGAAAUGCAUGGUGAAGAACGGGAUACUCACCAUCUCUCACGCGACAUCUAACAGGCCGCCUGCGAAACUCAACCUGCUUACCUGCCAAGUGAAACCCAACGCGGACGAAAAGAAAAGCUUCGAUCUCAUCUCGCACAACCGGACGUAUCACUUCCAGGCGGAGGAUGAACAGGAGUAUAUAGCGUGGAUAUCUGUGUUAACAAACAGCAAAGAAGAAGCGCUCAACAUGGCCUUCCGGGGAGAGCAAAGCACCGGCGAGAGUAGCCUGCAGGACCUGACCAAAGCCAUCAUCGACGAGGUUCAGAAAACUCCCGGAAAUGAUGUUUGCUGCGACUGCGGAUCGCCGGACCCAACAUGGCUCUCGACAAACCUUGGGAUAUUAACCUGUAUAGAGUGUUCGGGAAUACAUCGGGAGAUGGGGGUUCACAUUUCUAGGAUCCAGUCUCUGGAAUUGGAUAAAUUAGGGACGUCUGAACUCUUGCUGGCCAAGAACGUAGGAAACAAUAGCUUCAAUGAAAUAAUGGAAGGGAAUUUACCGAGUCCGUCACCAAAACCCAGCCCUUCCAGUGACAUGACCGCGCGGAAGGAGUAUAUCACCGCUAAGUACGUGGAGCACAAGUUCUCCCGGAAGUCGUGUGCUUCGGGGGCAGAAAAACUGAGCGAGCUGCUGGAGGCGGUAAAGUCCAGAGACGUACUCUCACUAAUCCGAGCCUACGCAGAAGGAGUAGAGAUAAGCGAACCACUGGCGGAAUCCGGACAGGAACCCGGCGAAACGGCCCUUCACUUCGCCGUCCGCACUGCCGACCCCGCAUGCCUUCCCCUUGUUGACUUCCUGGUACAAAACUGUGGAAACGUAGAUAAGCAGACGGGAAAAGGCAACACGGCCCUCCACUACUGCUGCAUCUAUAACAAGCCCGAGGUCCUGAAGCUGCUCCUAAAGGGAAAGCCAACUAUGGAUAUCGUGAACCAGCUUGGCGAGACCGCGGUUGACAUUGCAAAGAAAUUAAAAGCUGCCCAGUGUGACGAACUGCUUUCACAGGCCUUGGCCGGAAAACUGAAUCCUCACGUCCACGUGGAGUACGACUGGAAUCUACGGCAAGAAGAGAUCGAUGAGAGCGACGAUGAUUUAGACGAUAAGCCGAGCCCCAUUAAGAAGGAACGUUCUCCAAGACCCCAGAGCUUUUGCCACUCGUCCAGCAUCUCUCCUCAAGACAAACUCUCGCUGCCCGGUUUCAGUACCCCGCGGGACAAGCAGCGGCUGUCUUACGGAGCCUUCUCCAACCAGAUCUUCAUGUCCACGAGCACGGACUCCCCUACGUCUCCCAUAACAGAUGCCCCUCCGCUGCCCCCGAGAAAUGCAGGCAAAGUUCCGAGCGGCCCUCCAACAACCCUCCCUAUAAGCACCCAAUCCCCUAGUGGCAACUCCACAUUAUCCAAGAAGAAACCACCUCCCCCUCCCCCCGGACACAAACGAACCCUCUCCGACCCACCAAGCCCGCUGCCGCACGGCCCCCACAGUAAGGGCUCGGUUUCUUGGGGCAACGACACGGGAGAAAAGAGCCUGAAUAAGUUUGAACGACUGUCACAUUCUUCAAGCACCGGUAGCGCAAAGACUGCUUUGGGCCCAAGAGUUCUGCCAAAACUACCUCAAAAAGUGGCACUUAGGAAAAUAGACACCACUCAUCAUCUCUCGAUGGACAAAUACAACCAGCAAACGGACAUCUUCCAGAAAUCUCCACAAUCUGGAGAUUUGCCUCAGAAGCCACAACUUGCCGAUCUUCCACCCAAACCCCAGCCUUCGGAAAUCCCUUCGGAAAUCGUCCAGAAGCCCCACGCCGGAGAUCUCCCACCGAAGCCGGGGGAAUUGCCCCCUAAACCGCAUUUAGGAGAUUUGCCCCCUAAACCACAACUCGGGGAUUUGCCUCCGAAGCCGCAGUUGAAAGAUCUCCCACCUAAGCCCAAUCUGGGUGACAUAUUGCCCAAGGCGCCCGUGGCAGACUUCCAUCCCAAGCCUCAUCCUCCAGAGAUUCACCAAAACUCUCAGCCGCUGGAUGGGAAUCAGAACUCGCAGCCGGCCGACCACAGCCCCGUCCAGAAGCAGGUUCCGGAGCCUUCCAGCGAUGGUCCGCCGCCUCUUCCAGAGACCCCCGUGCCACUGCCCAGAAAAAUCAACACGGGGAAAGGCAAAUUGAAACGAGUGAAAACGAUUUAUGAUUGCCAGGCGGACAACGACGACGAGCUGACGUUUGUAGAGGGAGAGGUGAUUAUAGUUACCGGCGAGGAGGACCAGGAGUGGUGGAUCGGCCACGUCGAAGGACAUCCAGAUAGAAAAGGAGUCUUCCCGGUGUCGUUCGUCCACAUAUUGUCAGAGUAGAUAGAUCCGCGUGACGUGUCGUCCUCCUUUGUUUUAGCUUCUGGCUGUGUUUCCUCGCGUUCCUGUGGUCCAUGUUGUAUAUACGCUGCUGUUACAAAGUCCACUUUCAUCCAAUACCUACAUAGUGUGCCGCGCUCUAUACGUGUUGUAAAUGUACCAUGUUAUAUUCUGCCUUUGCCAGUAUUAAAAUAGAUCCCAAGAAAGUCA